AUGAUGGAGAAAAAGUGUAUGCUGUAUUUUUUGUUUCUCUUACCUUUUUUUAUGAUUCUUGUCAUAGCGGAAUUACAAGAGAGCCCUUAUAACCCAAAUCAGUUGGGCGUUACUAGAAAUAAAAUCAUGACGGCUCAAUAUGAAUGUUACCAGAAAAUUAUGCAAGACCCCAUUCAACAAACAGAAGGCAUUUACUGCAACAGAACCUGGGAUGGCUGGCUGUGCUGGAAUGAUGUGGCAGCUGGAACAGAAUCAAUGCAGCAUUGUCCUGAUUACUUUCAGGACUUUGAUCCUUCAGAAAAAGUUACAAAGAUCUGUGAUCAAAACGGAAACUGGUUUAGACAUCCAGAUAGCAACAGAACAUGGACAAAUUACACCCAGUGUAAUGUUGACAUACAGGAGAAAGUGAAGACUGCACUGAAUUUGUUUUACCUGACUAUAAUUGGACAUGGAUUAUCUAUUGCAUCACUGCUUAUUUCACUUGGCAUAUUCUUUUAUUUCAAGAGUCUAAGUUGCCAAAGGAUUACUUUGCACAAAAAUCUGUUCUUCUCCUUCGUUUGUAACUCUGUUGUAACAAUCAUUAAUCUCACUGCAGUGGCCAACAACCAGGCCUUGGUGGCCACAAAUCCUGUUAGUUGUAAAAUAUUCCAGUUCAUUCAUCUUUACCUGAUGGGUUGUAACUACUUUUGGAUGCUUUGUGAAGGUGUCUACCUACACACACUCAUCGUGGUGGCUGUGUUUGUGGAGAAGCAACACUUAAUGUGGUAUUAUUUUCUUGGCUGGGGAUUUCCACUGAUUCCUGCUUGUAUACAUGCCGUAGCCAGAAGCUUAUAUUACGAUGACAACUGCUGGAUCCGUUCUGAUACUCAUCUCCUCUACAUUAUCCAUGGCCCGAUUUGUGCUGCUUUACUGAUAAAUCUUUUUUUCCUGUUAAAUAUUGUACGUGUUCUCAUCACCAAGUUGAAGGUUACUCACCAGGCAGAAUCUAAUCUCUACAUGAAAGCAGUGAGAGCUACAUUGAUCCUGGUGCCAUUACUGGGCAUUGAAUUUGUGCUGAUUCCAUGGCGACCUGAAGGAAGGAUCGCGGAGGAGGUAUACGACUACAUCAUGCACAUUCUUAUGCAUUAUCAGGGCCUUUUGGUCUCUACAAUUUUCUGCUUCUUUAAUGGAGAGGUUCAAGCAAUUCUGAGAAGAAACUGGAAUCAAUAUAAAAUCCAAUUUGGAAACAGCUUUUCCCACACAGAUGCUCUUCGUAGUGCAUCUUACACAGUGUCAACAAUCAGUGAUGGUACAGGUUACAGUCAUGACUAUUCAAGUGAACAGUUAAAUGGAAAAAGCAUCCAUGACACUGAAAAUAUUGUCUUAAAACCAGAAAAGUCACAUGAUUACAUUAUACAAUAG